AUGCGUGAACCUUGGUGCUUUGUAUCCGGCGAGGAGUCCAUAGUGCACGCGGCUGAUAACCAACAUGCUUCUUCGGAUGGGGCGGGGUUCCACUCUGUACUGUCCGUAGAUGCUGAGGCCGACGCUGGCUGUGACCCCAGUCGUAUCGUUGCCUUAUGGAGUGCUUCUAAAGACUUUGGGGCGACAUCUGCUCGGCUGGCUGUCGCUGUCAUACCCCAGAACGAUCUUCUGAAGGCAGCAUUGUCAUCCCUCUCCUUUUCUUUUCGCAUAUCUUCUUUGGCCGACUGCUUUUUCUCUACCUUCCUUUCGGCGAAGUCAUCCUAUCUUCCCAAACCUUCAUCUGGCUCAGAAGAAAAGUCGUUGGUCGACGUCUAUUUGAUAGAAAACUCGGCCAGGUUGCGGAACGCAAAACGACAUCUCAGCGAUUGGUGCCUUUCCAAGAAUAUCCAAGUUCUUGACUCCAAUUUUGGUGCGCAUUGA